CCUUUGUCUGACCUUGAUGUUGGUUGAUAACGGACUUGCAUAUUUAUUCAAAGGGCAUAUCUAGCUUAGGAGCUGAAAUGCUUCGGCAGCCCUGUCAAGGCAUCGAUCAAAUACCCUGUCAAACGGAGUUCCUGGGGACUUAGUUUGCGGUCAUGUCAGCGAAGCUCGCGAUCAAAGUAUGCUUUGUGACAGUCGGCGCAACUGCUUCUUUUGAAGAGCUUGUACGCGCUGCGCUGGAUCCCUCAUUUGUGACGGCCCUGGAGAAAAAUGGCUACUCGCAUUUACUGGUACAAUACGGCAAAAAUGCGGCGAUUUAUGAUAAUUUCCUCAAGCAGUAUCCACCUGAGCGCAGGCCCUGGCGCAGAAUAGAUAUCGGUGGUUUCUCCUUCCACGAGCAUGGGCUGGGAGGAGAGUUUGCAUUGGCUCAGGCGGACAUAAGUAAAGGACGAAGUGGUGGGUUGGUUAUCAGUCACGCAGGUUCUGGCACUAUUCUCGAGGACAACCAUCAAGAGGAACUAGCGCGCCAGUUACAGAAACAAGGAUACGUGGUUGCUAGUCACUAUCAAAAUCUUUGCCAAGCACUACAUCAGGCUGAACAACUGCGAGCUCGCAUGUUAAGGUGGCCGCCUGUUCGUGGCCCUGGCCAGAAAAACCAACCGACACUGGAGCAAGUAAUGUCUGAUGAGAUGGGAUUUGUGGAUUGAAAAAUACCGUCAACUCCCUUAUGAUUGAUGAUUUAUGCUACCUCUUGGCUACUCUCAUAUGAACUGCGAACGAUCACGUCGCCGCUACUCCUUCAUCCUCGGUGCUUCCAACUGUUGGAAUUGCUCCAAGCUUGACCUCAGGAUAUCUGGUCCAAGCUUUUGUGCCUCCUCCAUGGGCCUCAAGGCAGGUUUGUUGGUCGAUCGAGCCGUGUGGUCAAAUAGAAGAAAGGCCGAUGCCUUGUUUGUUUAGUGGACGACCGUCCAUGAACAUUGGAUUUUGCCUGCUUAGGUAUUUAUAUUGUUUUCAAGCCUUCAGGAUCCGUUAUCGUGAUAUUCGGU